CUCCUUCAAAAGCACGACAUAUGCGAACGAAGUCGCAGCCGCUACGACUCAAUCAUAUCAUCGGAUCGGUGAAAGAGCAGUGUGAUUGCAACAACGAGCGGCAAAGCGGUUGCAACAUAUUGCAAGAGGAAUCCUAUCGAACGCGAACCUUUUGCUCGACCUAAAGACGACGGGAUGUCGAGCGGAACGGACGAAUGCAAACUGAAGGCUGGACAUCCUCCGGCAGUGAAAGCGGGCGGCAUGAGGAUAACUCAGCACAAGACGCCGAAGGAGGAGCGCGAGACGAAGCCUAGCAAGGAUGUGGAAGAGAGCAGACCGUCUAGCAGUCCGCCGAAGACGAUAAUGAUUAGCGGUGCUCCAGCCAAAGGGAACGCCGAUUUUCCGCCGGAAGCUGUGCAACACUUUCAUGAGAAGCCUACACCGACGCAUGAUGCACGACCGGCGCACUGUUCGCGUCCCAUUAUCAUUCAACAGCCCAGAAAGUGAACUGCUCUUUGCAAAUCGUACAUUGAACUGAUGGACUUCGGUCCGCAGAGUCAUUCGUUGAGUUUCGCGAGAGAAAAAAUUAUAAUUAUAUAAAUAUAUAUAUAUGCGAGAUAUAAGUGUGUAUGUGUGCAUGUAUGUACACACAUACACACGUAUAAACGUACUUAAAAAAGUCUUUAAAAAGGGUUAAAAUCGAAGAGUUUAAGCCUCGCGCUGCUCGAUAUUUAAUUCUUUAACCGAUAAAUGGCUACUAUCUUUUUUUCUAUGUAUGUAGUUAGAUUGUUGUGAUCAUGAUUAUCGGUUAAAGAAUUAAGAGAGCUCAAUUUCGUAUACUUAGGUAUUAACCACCUCACGAGAGAUUAUUAUAUUGUUAACAAUGAAAAAAGAAAGUUUAUUUUUUUGGACGCCAUAAGAUUCCUGUAUCGGCAUUUAACGAGCUUUUGCGAGUACGUUUUUAAUAUUUUCGUUAUCAUUUUUAUUUUAUUGUUCCUUUUUAAACAUUAGAUACGACAUGUUUGCUAUGAUUAAGUAUUGUUGUAAUAUAAUUACGCAAUAUGAUCACUAUUUUUGGGACCAGUAUAUCCUACGAUUCAUGAUCUAGAACUUUUUUAUCUUUAAUUUUGCGCAAUUUUUUCUUUUUAUUUUAAUAUCCACUUGACUAUAGAAUAAAAAUUCAAUAUAUUAGUAUUAUUUUGAGUUUUCAGAGAAUUGAAAUGCUUUGUUAACAAGUAUCAAGAGUGUAAUAAAUGUCGAACGAGAUUCGUAAUUGGCAACAGUUUGUAUAACAUUUCAGAGAGAAUAAACAUUCGUAUAUGUACGAAACUUA